CUCAGAGACAGAGCAAGAGCAGAAGCAGAUGACUUAAAAACUGGAGACACAUAUAGAUCACAGACAAGGUGACAGAAAAUUUUCCGUGUAACAGUCUUCAUUAUGUGCCUGGUGCUUAUCCUCUGGUCACAAUGCCCACGUGCACAGGAGUGCAACGCAUUUCAAGAAAAUACUUGCGAGGGGUGCAUCUCCUUUAGCCCCGACUGUGCCUGGUGCAAGGACAAGGACUUUGGCAGGGGGCGGCAGGAGAGGCCUUUUCACUGCAACCUGCGAGCAAGACUGAGGGAGAUGGGCUGUGCGGAGGACGACAUCGUGGACCCAGUGAGCCUGCUAACCGUCACUGACCCUCUUCCAAGAAAGGGCAGGAGGAGAGCCCUGCUGACUCCACAGAACAUGACUGCGGAGCUGAGGCCUGGGAAACCCCUGACAUUUGAUGUGCAGGUGAAAAGGCCUAAGAAAACCCCAGUGGAUGUGUAUUACCUGACAUCACUCUCCUUCGCUGGGAAGGACAGCUCACACAGUGCAAUGCAGCUGGGCGCUCAGGUGAUCAGUGCAGUGCAGGAGGUCUGCCCUGAGGCCAAGAGCAGAGGUUUUGGAAUCUUUGGUGACGAACACAGCACUGACUCUGAGAUGACCGAGGAGUGUAGAGAGGGUGAACUCGGGUGCAAGAAAGCCUUCAGCUUCUCACACUCGCCCAGCCCGCUUAGCAGCCCAGAGGUCCCCACCAACGCCCCCAAAAAUGGCGCCCAGGCACUCCAGGGCCCCUCUGAGGGUGGGCUGCUGGCCCUAAUGCAGACUGCAGUGUGUGGGGCAAUGAUUGGUUGGGUCCAUGAUGCCCGCCUGGUGGUUUAUGUAUCUGACCACGGGUUCCGUGCUGCAAACAGUGACACCCCACAUGCUGACAGCACCAGUGACAGUGGCCGGUGCCACCUGAGAGAGGGCCAAGACACCAGUCGUAAGCUGGACUAUCCAACUGUUGCUGAGCUUGCUCAAAAAUUAACAGAGAACAACAUUCAGAUAAUCUUUGCUGUCACUGAAGGAGUGGCAGAAAAAUACCAGGAGCUCAGCGACCUGCUCCCCAAGUCCACCGUGGCUGUCUUGCCCUCUGACCUCAGCAAUGCCACGGCUGUCAUCAAAGAGGCAUACAACAGGCUGUCAUUGGCAAUGGCAGUGAGUCAUACGGGCGUCCCAGGUCUGAACAUCUCCUACCUCACCGAAUGUGCAGAUGGGGAGCAGAGGAGCUCGGUCAGAGGGGCGUGCAGUGACACCGGGGACAACAGACAGACCUCUGUGAAAGUGACCAUUUCCUCUAAAUACUGCCUGGAGCCCCAGUCUCUUCACCUGCAGCUGCUGGGCUCUCCGGACAGGCUCUCGGUGGAGCUCAAAUCUCUCUGUCGGUGCGAGUGCGGGGACAGCCCUGAUCCUGAAUUCUGUAGCUACUCUGGGGAAUUCAGCUGUGGCGUCUGCAGGUGCUACCCAGGCUUCAUCGGAAAAAGGUGUGACUGUGACCUGGCAAGAGAGAGUGACGCCCCCUGCAGGAUGACAGAGGCAGAUUUGGUGUGUUCGGGGCGAGGGGACUGCAUGUGCGGACAGUGUGAAUGCAAAAGGAGAGAAAACCCAGCAGAGCGCAUUUACGGGCAGUACUGUGAAUGUGACAACUUCAACUGCGAGCGAGCAAUUGGCAAGCUCUGCGGCGGGCAUGGCCAGUGUAUGUGUGGAAAAUGCCACUGUGAUCCCGGGUUCGAGGGUACGGCCUGCGACUGCUCUACAGAGGUGGACCGGUGCAUGAGUACGGAUGGGUCCCUCUGCAGUAACCAUGGUAACUGCGAGUGUAACCAAUGCAAGUGCAGCGGCCCUUACACCGGACCUCUGUGUGAGGCUUGCCCCACCUGCGAAGGAAUCAAACACAUCCACUGAGAGCAGUUUUUUGUCACUUGCCACUAGGAAAAAAUGUCUGCAUAGUUUCAAACACUUACCUCAUUAUAGUCGAAAUGGCUCUGUUCUUAUCACAUGCAGCUUGAUCGUGGGAAAAAUGCUACCCAAAGGAAGAUUCAGACCAUAGUCUCACAGUUCCCUCCUUCAUAGACGUUUCAUUGGUUAUGAAAUGGACUAUGUCAAAAAAAAUCCUGAGAAUAUGAUUCUUGCAUGAAACGUGGAUAAGUGUACAUGACUUGCUCCAGAUUACACAAUGUUGAUAUGUAACUUACACAUUUUUAUGUAUCCACUUGCACUCCCAAAUAUUCACUGAAGCGGUUCACGUUAACUACAUAUCUUGCCCAGAGGUAGCACUAUGUGUUUACAUAAAGGGGCAAGAAAGUUAAUGCGAAGCCUGAGCAUUUUAUCUUUUCUCCUUGCGGUGUUGUGGAUAUUUUAUGUGACGUCAAACAUCAGGGCUGUGGGGUUUGCUUGGCCAUGUGAGGAGGCACUCAGAUGAAUCACCUUGCACCCCCAGAUACUGCGUUGAGUGUCUGGCCUUUGGAUCCGGCCCGUAUAAAGAGAAUUGCAAGGAGAAGUGCGCCAGCAU